CAAAGCUAAACACGAGAUUCGCCAUCUCCAGUAAUAAUAAAGGACAUCAGUGAUCAAUGCUAUCUGUAGUGAGAGAUCUGAUCAUAAUUAAUUGCCACAAUCAUUGGAGCGUCGAUGGAGGGUCUUUCAAACCAUGGACGGCUGUCCAUGGUACCAGGCUAUUUGAUAUCUCAUUAGCCACUGGCGCAUUCGUUUAGCCUAGGCUACUUCAUAUUAAUACUGACAGUCGGUGACUUUAAAUUCCUAAUAUUUCUGACCAAUAAGAACGUGCAAGGAAAUAGGCUACAUGUUGAGAAAUGGCGCAGAAUUUGAACUGCUCUUUUCGCUCUACUGGGCUAAUGACGUGAGUAGGCAACCUCCCCUUAAUAAACGUCAUUACGUUGACUGUCAUAAUACGGAAGUGUGUAGCUGGACAUGAGUCUAUUCGGUCUUGUCAUGUGUUUCUCUGUUGAAUAUUAAAUGUGCCCUAGUCUACAAUGUCAGUUAAGCCCGAGGAGGAGCUGGUGAAGGAAUGGGAAAGGGAGCAGGCGGAGCUGAAGCAGCGUCUCCAGGUCGGGGACACUGAGGACUGGCAGACGAGCCCCUGCUUCACUGGACUGGAGCGAGUCGGAGGAGUGGACCUGUCCUUCAUCAAAGGGGACGACAUCAAUGCCUGUGCACAACUGGUCGUGCUCAGCUACCCAGACAUGAAGCUGCUCUACCAGGACAGUCAGAUGGUGGCGCUGGACGCCCCAUACGUGGCCGGCUUCCUGGCCUUCCGGGAGACGCCCUCGCUGCUCCACGCCCUGCGGAGGCUGCAGGAGGCCCAGCCCAGUCUGAUGCCACAGGUGGUGUUUGUUGAUGGGAACGGACUCUUCCAUUACCGAGAGUUUGGCUUGGCCUGUCACCUGGGGGUGCUGUCAGGUUUGCCCUGCAUCGGAGUGGCCAAGAACCUGCUGCAGGUCCAGGGGGUGGUCCGGGAUGAGCAGCACCUCUCUCAGAUCAAUGCACUGCAAAGGAGGAGACACAUUCCCCCUGACCUCCCAAUCAGGGAGAGAGCUGGGAAAGGCCCUGCGCAGCUCCGACUCCAGCACCAAACCCGUGUAUGUGUCGGUGGGCCACCGCAUCAGUCUGGACGCGGCUGUACGCCUCACUCAUGCCUGCUGCCGCUACCGCGUGCCAGAGCCCAUCAGACAGGCUGACAUGCUCUCCAGGGAGUACCUGCGCAAACACUUCCCCUCAGCAGACCUGCAGACUCAGGAUGGAGGACAGCGGUGACCUUGGGGGAGAAAUCCGCCAAAGAUACCAUUGACAGCAACACGAGGCCCAGUGGAGCAGUCUGUACACCAUGCCAACUGUAACAGGGGGUGUGUGUGUGUGUGUGUGUGUGUGUGUGUGUGUCCGCGUGUCCGCAUUGGACGAUGAUUUCACCACCUCUACAAUCAUCUGAACAGUAUAGAAUUGUUUUUAUAUUUUAAAUAUAUAAAUGUGUGCACCAGAAUUUAUU